UUGGAGUGUAUUCUGGGAUCCCAGAGGCAAAACAGGAGUUGCCUCAUUUCACUAUCAAACGAGGCCACGACAAUCUACUCCUCAACACAGCAACGUUGUCAACCAGACUCCCAAUGGAACACAAUGUCUUCAUGGAUUCCUCCGGCAGCAAAACUCAUUUUUUCCUGUUGGAGAUAUGCAUCCUGGCGAUCGGCACUUGUGGAGCUGUUACGAUUACUGUGCCAACUGAAUUGGUCCAGGGGAUUGUUGGGCAAUCUCUCCAACUCCCUGUGAACUACACCACAGGAACUAAGGAUCAGAACAUUCAGAUAACCUGGACUUUCCAAAGCCAGUCUUCGGGUUCCAUGCUUCUGGUGACAGCCACAAACAACACCUUGACUCCUGACAUGGAGCACGGCCACAGGUUUUCCUUAUUUCCUCCCAAUGCGACACUGUUAAUUAACCCAGUAGAAUUAUGUGAUGAUGGUGAAUAUACCAUAAAAGUGACUGUCUCUGGAGAGAAGAUGGCAUCAGCUAGUCGACAACUGACCGUUCAUGUCAAUGUUCCGGUCUCUAAACCAGUGGUGCACAGCGAUCCAGCCUGGGGUGCAGUGGAGUACGUGGACAAUGCAACACUCACAUGUACAGUCAGCAAAGGCACAAAGGUCAUUUACCAGUGGCUGAAAGAUGGAAAGCCACUCCCAGCAAGUAAUCGUCACAUCUUUUCCGCCGACAACAAGAUGCUGUUCAUUUCUCCCGUUGUAAAAGAUGACCUAAGUAAUUACACCUGUGUGGCAAAGAACUCAAUUAGCAUAAAUGAAAGUGAACCGAUUGCACCCAAUAUUUACUAUGGGCCCUAUGACUUGAUGGUGAAGUCUGAACCCCGAUUCAAAAUUAGUGAAGGAGUUUUUGCUGUUGGCAAAGGAGAACCAGUGUGGUUUAAAUGUUCAGCAAAUUCCAACCCACCAAAUGUCUACUCAUGGUUUCAAAAAGCAAACAACAAGACAACACCUAUCCAUCGAGGUCCAGUAUUAAAUAUCAUGUCUGAGAAAGUCCCAGAGAAAGCUGAUUACAUGUGUUGUGUCUACAACAAUAUCACCGGCAAACGGGAUGAAACUCAAUUCACACUCAUUCUCUCUGCUACUGGUCAAGAAAGACAGAAACAAAAAAGCAGUUUCCUUCACUCAUUGGUAAUAAUUGUUGGAUUGACUUUGACUCUGAUUGCCUGCAUACUUCUUUACUUCAUUCUGAGAAGAUGCUUUCCCCGAAAAGUCAUCAAGAAGGAGCCAUACCACAGGUCACCAACAGAUUAUAUACGAGCACACCAAGUAUCAGUUGAACAAGAACCUUCUAUGGAUGAUUAUGGAAUAUAUGAAUUUGUUGCUGUGCCAGAGCCAGCAGAGUUUCCACAGGUUCCACCAGAUAAAUUAAGCACUGUGUACGAUAUUAUUCGAGUACCAGACAUCCACACAGUUUAUGAAGUUAUUUGCCAGACGCCAAAAACAUCUUGAUGUUGGACUGAUCACAACAGUUGGAUGCUGUAUUUUCCCACAUGCCAGAAGACUGCGACAGUUGUGCUAUGACUGUAUGUUUUGACAACAAACUAUAAAGACUACCAAGGUCAGAACAACAAGAAGCUGAACCUUUUACUGUCCAGCAUUUUGGUGAAUCAUUUCUUCUCAAAAAAGAAAAAUCACUGAAGCAGCUUGCAAAACAUUUAUUCAUCGGCAAAGUUCUAAUAAUUUAACUUUUGAAGUUUCAGCAUAAAAUGUAAUAAACAAUAGGGAAUAAGUUAAUUACUACAUGAGAUUGUCGGAAAAUAUCUUUCAUUCUUGACUGUUAUCCAUAAGAUGUAUUUAUUCUAAAACUCAAACUGUCAUUUUGUGUCGGGAUUCGUUUACAUUUUCCAUGAGAAUCUUAGACAUAUAGGUAUAUUGAAAUCUUGUAUACAUUUAUUUAUGGAGAAUUGUAAAGUGAUACAUCCGAAACUGAAUCCAACCAUAAUUAGUUUACGUGAAUCAUGAACUCAAUUAUUUAGUGGUGUUUCUAGAUGACACAGUAUCACAGUGCAAAACUGGAUAUUAUUUAAUAUUUUAUACAUUUUAUUGAUAACCUAACUCACCCAGAGGGAUCAUAAAAUUGUUAGUAGAGCAAGAAUGUUGGAGUGAAUUCAUUGGCAGAGUUAACCUGGGAGUGCUCAACAUGAAUAAUGAUCCCAAAAAGCCAAGACCAUACGAACAUAAGACCAGAAGACACAGGAGCAGAAUUAGGCCAUUCAGCCCAUUGAGUCUUCUCUGCCUUUCCAUCAUGGCUGAUUAAUUAUUAUUCCCUUCAACCCCAUUCUCCUGCCUUCUCCCUGUAACCUCUGAUGCCCAUGCAAUCAAAAACCUAUCAACCUCCGCUUAAAAUAUACACGUAUGCAAUAACUGGCUCUCCACAGCCAUCUGUGGCAAUGAAUUUCACAGAUUCACCAUGCUCUGACUAAAGAAGUUCCUCGUCAUUCCUCCUCCAAGAAACUAUUCCAAUCUGUUGUUUAGACAAACUCAACACAGUACAGAUCACUACUUCUGAAUGGACAUAUUUCCUUCUAGACAAUUAAAGAUAUGUAAAUAUAGUAGUCAAUUUACAUGAUUUUUGUAUCAUUUGGAGUAGCAUGAACAUUUAUCUGACCCAGGAUAAUAUGUAAACAUGUGCAUGUGAUCUAAAAGAGGUUUUAAAACAUCAAAACAUAAAAUAUACAGACUUAAAAAUAAUAUUUUUAAGAGGUGUUCUGCUUUCAGGAAAUUACACUUUUUUCUGUAUGUUUCGUUAUGAUGAUCCACAUCCCUUGUCAAUUCUCAUUAGAAUUUUAGAUGCAGCUAUAAAAAAAUCAAAAAUUACAGAUUAAAAAAAAUCAAAACAAUUAUUUAUAAUACCAGUUGAAGAAGAAUUGCCAAGAAUUAUUUUAAGCCCUUUUGGAGCCACUGUAUUGCAGUGGUCUAUCUUUAAGAUGUUUUAGGAACCUGUAGAAAAUAUGCAGAGGUACUUCAGGAUGCAUCCAUCAAGGAGAUAAAAAAACUCUAUGAAAAUCUGUCUUUAAUUUUAUAUUAUUUAAGAAUCAUCAUCAUCAUUAUGUGCAGUGUCAUGUGAUGUAGGUGAUUAUGAUCUCAUAACCAUGAUUGUUCUUGGCAAAUUUAAGAACCAAGGAAUGGUUUUUAAAGAAAAAGGAGCAGGAUGAUGUGAUUCCAGCCUCUUGAAUCCAGUUCACAAUCUAUAAGGUUAUGACUGGCCAUUUCUUCAGCCGUGCUCCACCACCUCCUCCCCUAUUCUCACACACCUUGAUGCAAUGAUCUGUUUGUCACAGCCUGAAUAUUAGCCAAUGACUGAACAUCACACAUUUUGAGUAAAAGAAUUCCAAAGAAUCAUAAUCCUCUAAAUGAAGUUUUUCCCCAACUUAUUCCUCCUCCUUAUCCCAAGACUGUUUAAAUUAGUUCUAAACUUAUCAGCUCAAAGAAAUAGCUGUUAAGUAUCUCGACUUUCAAAUUCUUUCAGAACUUCCUUCAUUGUUAGCCACUGGUGAAGUUCCUGAAGACUGGAAGGUAGCUAAUAUGCUCUGCUGUGGAAGAAGGGCAGCAAGGACAAGCUAGGGAACUGCAGGUUUUUUAGCUUGAUAUUAGUGGUGGGGAAGUUACUGGAGGGAAUUCUGUGGGUCAGUACCUACCAGCAUUUGAAUAGACCGAGUCUGAUUAGGAGGAGUAGCUUGGCUUUAUAUGUUGGAAGUUAUGUUUGCUAAUUCUUUUAGAGUUCUUUAAGGAGGUAACCAAAUAAGUAAAUGAGGGUAGAGCAGUGAAUGUUAUCUAUUUGGACUUUUGCAAGACCUUCUGCAUGACAGGCUGAUCUGGAAGGUUUGGUCCGUGGAAUCCAGGGAGAGCCAGUUUGGAGGAUUCUAAACUGGCACAGAGGUUGAAAACAAAGGGUGAAGGUUGCCUCUCAGAAUGAAAACUAGUGAAACAUUGUGAGCCACAGUGUUAAGUGUCAGGACCUUGUCAUUUAUGUAAAUGAUUUAGAUGUGAAUGCAUAAGGUUUGAUUGGUAAGUUUGCUGAUGAAAUUAAGAGGUAAUGUUGAUAGUGAAGAAGGUUAUUGUAGACUACAAGGGGGCCUUAAUCAGUCAGGAAGUGGGCUGUUGAGUGGCAAAUGGAUUUUUAUACAGUGUGUAGUAAUGCAUCUUUGAAAGUCAAGCCAACAUAGGACUUGUACUAUGAAUGGUAGGCAACUAGGGAAUGCAAUGGGACAUAGAGACCAAGGAAUUCAAGCGUAUAGUUCACUAAAGGCAGCAUCACAGAUUUUCAGGGAGCUAAAAAAGGCAGCAACACAUAAUCUGCUGGAUGAACUCAGUGGGUUGAGCAGUGGUGAGAAAGAAAUUUCCAAUGUUUUGGGUUGAAACCCUCCAUCGGGACUGAGAUGGUCAGCAAAGGGGGGGGGGGGUGCAAGAGAGGAUUCUGAAGUGAUUGGUGCUCUGAGUAGGACAGUAAGAUGACAGCAAGUUAUGCCAGGUAGGGGAGGUGAGAGAGAGUAGAGUAGUUAAUCUUCAGCAGGUGUACGAUAGGUGAAAACAUACAGAGAGAAAAGAAAAAAAAUAAAAUAUGGAAGAAGGUGAGAGGGAGGUGAGUGAGAUAAACAGCAACACAAAGGUCUACCAGAGCUGAAUUCAGGCAAGUAAAGGAGGGGAGAAUGGAUCUAUUGGAGAAGGGAGAGGUGAACGGCAGUUGGAAUUGGAAGGGCAGGGGGAGAACCUGAGCAAAGUUCUUAAAAGAAGAGGGUAAACGGGGUGCUGAAGGAGGGGAACAAAAAAUGGGAGAACCAGAAGAUCAGAAUGAGAGGAGAGGAGAGAACUGGGGUGGGGUGAUAGGGACAGGAAAAACAGAAAAAUGGUGGACAGGGUAUUUACCUAAAAUUGGAAAACUUGAUAUUUGUGCCAUUGGGUAGUCGACUUCUCUAGAUUAUAUAUAAUGUGUUCUCUUCCAGUUUGUGUUGGAGCUUCAGCUGGUGGUACAGAUGGUCAGUGUGGAAAUGGAGAGAGAACUUGAAACAGUCUGUAAAUGGGAGAUCGGGAUGACCACUGCAGACUGAGCAUCGGUGUUCAGUGAAGCGGUGGCUGAGUCUGUGCUUGGUCUUGCUGAUAUUGAGAAAAAUGCAGUAGGCAAGGUUGGAAGAGGUGCAUGUGAACCUUUGCCUCGCCUGGAAGGACAGUUUAGGUCCUAGAUGGUGUGGGAGGAGGUGUAGGGUCAAGUGUUACAUCUACAGUGAUGGCAGGGCAAACGGCCAGGAGUAACAGAAGGAAGAAUGUGGAAGGAUAAGUGGACCAGAGAAUCAAGGAAGGUGGAAAGGGGUGGGGAUGAGAAGUGCCUGGUGGAAAUGAUGAAGGAUACAGAGGCCCAUAAGGUCAAACAUAAUACCAGAUGAACUCUAUCGCUGUUCUGUCUGGGAGGAAGUAGGGUGAGAGCUGAUGAUAGGAAAUAAAGGAGAUGCAAGAUAGGGCUCCAUCAACCAUAGCAGAAGUGAACCAAUACUUCCAGAAAAAGGAGACAUUUCAGAUGUCCUGGACAGGGAGCUUCAUCUCGAGUGGAGAAAGUGAAACUGAGAGAAAAGAAUAACAUCGUUUCAAGAGACAGAUGGGAAGAGGUGUAGUCUAAGUCGCUGCUGGAGUCAGUGGGUUUAUUGUAAAUAUCAAUGGUUUGACUCCUAAGAGGGAAGCAGUGAGACCAGAAUCUUCACUGAUUUGAUUUGACUUGACAUGAGAUGUAUUUCACUCUGUUUCAACGUACAUGGAGCAAAUAAAACUAAUCUAAUUGCUUGCUGUAACUGCAUGUUAACUUCCUAUAUUUCAUGUCCAUGGAUGUACCAAACCUCUCUGAACAUCAGUGACAGGGAAGAAACAUAUUGAUUUUUCUGUUCUUUAUGUCACUAUGAAUUACCUGAACUUUUCUCAAUAUUACAUUCCAUCUGUCACUAUACGUCAAUAUCCUUCUGCAGGCUCAAUAUCUACUCAGAACUUAGUUUCUUACUUAGAAUUAUAAUAUCAGAAAAUUUCUACUGUAUAUACUGGUCCUGGCGUCAUUAUUAAUGUUAUACUUGUAAAUUGUAAAUAUUGCAUUGAGAUUAGAUACAAUCACUUCUGUAAAUGUGAAAAAUAAAAGUGCCUUGUUUGA